CUCGAACAGGGUGAUCAAAACACAACAGACAUAAGUUCAAAUUUUCAAAUUCAAAAUUUCGGGGAGUGGUCAUUCAGUUCUCGAUUUUUGACUUCAACGGUCUCGACUCUGGGUUUUCGACCUCAGCGGUCUGGACUCUGGGUUUUCGACCUCAGCGGUCUCGACUCUCGGUUUUCGACCUCAGCGGUCUCGACUCUCUGUUUUCGACCUCAACGGUCUCGACUCUCGGUUUUCGACCUCAGCGGUCUCAACUCCAGCAGUCUCGACUCUCGAUUUUCGACCUCAGCGUUGUCGACCUCAGCGGUCUCGACUCUCAGUUUUCGAUCUCAGCAGUCUCGACUCCCGAUUUUUGACCUCAGCGGUCUCCACUCUCGGUUUUUGACCUCAGUAGUCUCGACUCUCGGUUUUCGACCUCAGCAGUCUCAACUCUCGGUUUUUGACCUCAACGGUCUCAACUCUCGGUUUUCGACCUCAAUGAUCUCGACUCUCAAUUUUUUACCUCAGCGGUCUCGACUCCAGCGGUCUCAACUCUCGGUUUUCGACAUCAGCGGUCUCGACUCUCGGUUUUCGACCUCAGCGGUCUCGACUCUCUGUUUUCGACCUCAACGGUCUCGACUCUCGGUUUUCGACCUCAGCAGUCUCAACUCCAGCAGUCUCGACUCUCAAUUUUUGACCUCAGCG